AUGUCACGUCGAGGGAAGACCAUGAUAGAAGUGGGAGGGUUCACCUUCUGUACUCAAAUUGUGUCGGGACCGAAGAGAGGGAAGCCAAUGAUUAAGAUCGGUGGUUAUACGUUUUGUCAUAAAGUAACUCACAAAUUUAGAACAACCUGGGUGUGCUCCACGCAUAAGAAUAAAGGUUGCAGCGCCGUCGUUCAAACUUAUGAGAACGUUAUCAUUAAAGUGAGGAAUGAACACAAUCAUUAA